AGCACUGAUCCGUCUCUGUCAGAGCAGAAAGCAGAAGAAGACGACAAACAGCUUCUCGAACAUGUCUGAGUACGCUACAGUCCAGAAAAGUGCCCUGAAAUUAAAGGGUGUGGGAGAUAUUUCUGCUGGGAAAAAGAAGAAGAAGAAGAACAAGGAGAGCAAGCAUCGUAUGGAGCAGGUCGUUACCAGCCAAAGCGAUGAGGAGGUGAAAACCAAGAAAGUAUAUCUUGACAAAAGGACACCGGCACAGAUUGCUUUUGACAAGAUGCAAGAGAAACGGCAAAUGGAGCGGAUUUUGAACAAGGCAUCAAAGACCCACAAACACAGAGUCGAGGAUUUUAACCGUCACCUGGACAACCUGACAGAGCAUUAUGACAUCCCCAAAGUCAGCUGGACCAAAUAAACCGGAGCAGAUGUUCACUCUUGUUUUAUCACUUGUACAAAAUGUUUCUGCACCAUGUUUUUUGAAAUGUAUAUUUGUUGUUUACAAUUAAAAUUAAUUUGAUUUCACCUUCAUA